CUGUCGCAACGCGAGGUUGUUUUGCUGUCAAAUGCGCGACACGCGUGUAUCGAGACGGUUUUUUCUCUGACGAAUCCGCGGCCAAGUGGUUUUUUGGUUAUUUUGGUUCUGUGUAUGUGGUUAUUCUUUUGAAAAAGUGAUUUUUUCAAUCCGAUAAAAUAGUGUCAUUGAGUUGGUUGAAGUAAUACAACCACAGCCAACAAUGUCGUACUAAAUAAUCCCGUCCCGUCAUUGAUCUUAGUUUCGGUUUUCGUAAGAGCUCAUUAUCAAUAUGGCGUUAUUAGAGGCUAGACCCUUCAGACCUUUCAAGUCAAGUGAAGAGUACCUCUAUGCUAUGAAAGAAGACUUGGCGGAAUGGCUGCAGACCAUGUAUCCUCAUUUGAAUAUCGCUGUGGAAAAUUUUAUGGAAAAGUUGGAAACAGGGGUUGCUCUAUGUGAGCACGCUAAUGCCGUGAAGGCCCAAGCUCAAGAAUAUGCGGAGAGAAAACAAGCCAAGAAAAUAAUGACGAGAUCCGUAACCAGCUCGUUGGCAGUCGCCCAGGCGCUUGUCCAGAUUGCCGAUUUCAAGUACUUCAAUACGGCCAAACCAGGCACGUUUUUCUCCAGGGACAACGUUAGUAAUUUUAUCAAUUGGUGCCGCAAUUCGUUAAAAAUAAUAGAAUGCCUAUUGUUCGAAACCGAUGAUUUAAUUAUGCGAAAAAACGAGAAACACGUCAUUCUAUGUCUGUUGGAAGUAGCCAGGAGAGGUGCAAAAUUCGGUAUGCUGGCACCGAUCAUAGUCCAAAUGGAACGCCAAAUCGACAGGGAAAUAGCGGCGGACCAGAAAAAAAUGGGCGUCAACUUCAACGAAGGCUCAAAUAACCAGAACGGUGUAGAUGACGACAGCGAUAGCGAUUUAGAAGACGAAGAGACUGUUUUAAUGUAUGGACCUAUGCCCCAGAUUAUUACCAACGACCUCAAGAGUUUAGACGAGAUGGUUAGAGAUUUAGUCGAAAAAUGUACCUGUCCAACUCAAUUUCCGAUGAUAAGGGUUUCUGAAGGAAAAUACAGGAUCGGCGAUACCAAAGUUCUUAUUUUUGUCAGGAUCCUGCGUAAUCACGUAAUGGUUCGAGUAGGAGGUGGAUGGGACACCCUAUCUCAUUACUUAGACAAGCACGAUCCAUGCAGGUGUCGAACACAACACAGAACGACACAAGGGGCGAAAUUGGUCAAUAAACCUGGAGCUGCCGAUCUACAUGGUUCUCACGUUUACUAUGAAAGAUCAGCUGCAUCAAUUCCAGACGCAGGGAAUUCUUACGGAUCCAGCGGUCCACAUUCUCUAGGUCCUCCAAUGAACUCUCUGAAUCGUUCAAGAUCUCGCUCACCAAAACGGUCCCUUAGUCCCAAUCUCUCUACAAGACGAUCUCUGGUUCCACCACCGACCAGAUCAAGGAGUCCGACGCCAAAUUACACAUCAAACCUCAACACCAAGUUGUCCAGUAAUAGGAGUCCACAGCAUAAAAAUUAUGGUCCACAGUCGUUGCCGAUUAUGACGAAUCAUAAAUCGAAGAAUGUUGUCAGUAGCAUCCAAAUUCCGGAUAAGGUUCUUAAAUCAGAAGUUAGUUUACACGUAAACGAUACAGAUCAUAGUGACACUACAUCUGAAGUGUCUGACGAAGGUUAUCGAAGCUUAGGUUUAAUUCACGAUAGAACCAAACAAAGGUCGUCCGUGUACAGUCAAAAUUCUACAGAGGAUGCUGAAGAAAACGAGCAUCAAGUUUAUGUAGACGACGACCUCAACGAGUUUGGUCUCAGAAGAACUCAAUUUUCCCAACGGAUUUACGAAAACGAUACCAAAACCAUCCUAGAAAAAACCCGUCACGCAAUAGAUAAAUUGUCAGAAUCGUCCAGUUCAUCUCCAGAAACCACAACUAACGAAACCCUUAGUCCUAAAAAGAAAGAACGAUCUUUCUCCACAACGAAGGAGGGCGUGCAAAUCCGAAGAAAGUCAUACAGUAGAAGCAAUAGCUCUGAAGCUAAUAUAGAUGUCCAAAAGAGUCCAAAGAGAACACCAUCGCAACCCAAGAAAGUUGAUUCUAAAAUUAGUACCUGGAGUGGAAGGCCUAAGGCUUCUAGAGCUAGCAUUAGCCAAGACACUUUCCAACCUUUCGCUAGAAACUCAACAGUGCGAAGAAGUGUUUCGGGUCUAGAAAGGAGGUCUUCUUCAACCAAUACAUCCCCCACUAAAAGCAAACUAAGGCAGGAACUUCUACAAGCCGUGAAUAAAGCCGACUCGGACGAAGCUGUCGCCCUGCAGGUCCAAAUGUUGCUCAAGAAGUUCGGUAGUCUAAACACGUUAAACGACGACGAACCUCUCAGCCUACCCAUUUUACCGACGAGAACGUCAACAGAGAGAAUGUCGUUCAGAAGUCCCAGAAAGGAUUCUAGAACUGACAAUCACAUGACUAGGAUACCUGCUCCUGUGUCAAUGGCCAAGUCCUAAAUCAAAAAUGAAAAUUAAAAAUAAAAAACAAAAUCAAAAGGAUUACCUGCAUUUUAGAUAAAUGUGUAUGAAAAUAUUUUUCUGUAAACAUAGUUAGAACACAUACUUACAUUGUUCUAUUAGUGCUAGAAAGUUAGAAAAUAUAUACAUAUACCAUGUUAGCAACAUUAUCAGCAAUGUUGAGAUUAUUAAACAAAGAAUCAUGGACGUAUUUAUACGUCCAUGCAAAGAAUGCUAAAAGACCUUAGUAUACAGUAA